AUGGUAAAAUUAUCUUUCGAAUCCUUUAAUGAAAAUUCAAAGGCACUUCCAUCCAAUUGUAAAAUAUGUGGAGUACCUGCUCGUUACUCAUCAUUCAAAUGUGAUUUUGAUGGUCAAUGUGAAAUCAAUAUUAAUAAUCGUCGUGUAUGCACUUCAUGUCGAUUAGAGAAAUGUUUUCGAAGUGGAAUGAGUAUGAAAUUGUUUCGAUCGCCUUAUUCAAAAAGAAUAAAUAAAAAAUCUCUAUCAACAUCAACAGAUCUAAUCAAAAUAGUCAAUCAAACUCAAAUACAGAUGUUGCCAACAUUAAAUCUUUUGCAAUCGGACAUAUCAACAUUGACUAAUGAUCAAUGGACCCUUCUAUCAAAUUUGGUUCAUAGUUAUGAUGAACGGAAGACGAGUUCGAUCUGUCGACGUAUGAUUUAA